CACGGUCGGUUCUGAGGAGAGGUACAGCUACCGCGAAGAAACACAGGAACAAGUCAGUUAGCAAGAGACACAAUUUAAAUCAUUUAAACAAUGAAACCGACCGAAUAAGCCACUACAGUUAACUAGUGUUGAAUUAGUUGUAUACAUUUAAUUCAAUGACGUAAUUUUUUGAUACAGUCAAGGUUAGCGGCUCGCGAGAGAGGGCUGUGUCAUUGAUCAGGCAGGACACGUCAGGAGAGGAGAGAAAAGCUGUUUAGCCAUAGCUACUGUAUGAGCGAAAGGCAUAAAAGCACCAUAUCGCUUGUGUCAUAAACUUUCUUUUCAUAAUUGUAUCAGACACAUCGAGGUUGCAGUUUAACUACAGGACGGAUCGAGUCAUCGCCUGGAUCAAGGGUAGCGACCAAAAGGACCUAAAGAUCACGGGAUAGCAGAUAUUGUGUGUGGGAAAACAAAUGGGGGAUUACGGGUUUGGAGUCUUACUGCAAAACAACACUGGCAACAAGUCUGCUUUCCCAGUUAGAAUUCAUCCACAUCUGCAACCUCCACACCAUCAUCAGAAUGUGUCUCAAAGCCCUGCUGCAUUUAUAAACAAUACCACAGCUGGUAAUGGCAGUAACAAUGGGUCACCUUGGCUGUUUUCAGCCACAGCUGCCCACAGCAGCAUGCAAGAUGAAAUUCUUGGGUCAGAAAAGCCCAAAGCCCAGCAACAGGAAAUGCAAGAAACGCAAGAAAAACAGCAACUGUCCCCUGGCCACCAGGAGUCUGGAAUCAUAUCUGAGUUAGAGAAGGCGAGGUCAGAGGAGAACAAGGUGGAGGGCGGCCCCUCCGAGGGUAGCAAUGGAAAAGAGAAGCUGCGCCUCGAGUCCCCAGUACUGACAGGCUUCGACUACCAAGAGACAUCAGGUCUUGGGACUCCGGGCCAGUCCAGUACCUCCUCGUCCCUGACUGGCUUCAACAACUGGUCAGCUGCUAUUUCCCAGACCCCCUCCACCAUCAUCAACGAGGAUGUCAGCUUCUUCAACCCAGCUGCCUCUGCUAACAACGGGCCCCUCCUGUUUCAGAAUUUCUCCCACCACGUCAGCCCAGGCUUCGGGGGAAACUUCUCUCCCCAGAUUGGACCCAUCUCCCAGCACCAUCCCCCACACCCCCACUUUCAGCACCCCCACAACCAGCACCAACAGCACCGAAGGUCCCCCGCCAGCCCCCACCCUCCUCCCUUCCCCCAUAGGAAUGCUGCCUUCAGCCAGUUGCCGCAUUUGUCCAAUAACCUGAAUAAGCCCCCGUCACCUUGGGGUAGCUACCAAAGCCCUUCUCCCUCUCCCUCCUCCACUUCCUGGAGCCCCGGUGGGGGCUAUGGUGGCUGGGGAGGCUCCCAGGGGCGUGAGUACCGUCGGGGCCUCAACGGAGGCAUGACUCCCCUGAACUCAAUCUCCCCACUGAAGAAGACCUUCCCCAACAACCACGUGCCGUCGCAGAAGUACUCCCGCACCAGCCCCGGCUUCAACCCCAAGUCCUGGAUGGACGAGAGUGUGAGCAGGAGCGAGAACAUAUUCCCCUUCCAGGAGCGCACCAGAUCCUUUGAUGGCUUCAACAUGCACUCCCUGGAGAACUCUCUCAUUGACAUCAUGAGGGCCGAGCAAGAUACCCUGAAAGGUCGCCUAGGAUUCACCCAUCCAGGGGGAGAUAGUCCUUUGCCCAUAAAUGCAAGGAAUUAUGGGAGGAGACGAGGCCAUUCUUCCCUGUUCCCCAUGGAGGAUGGUUUCCCUGACGACGAGCGUGGCGAGCAGAGCCUGCCUGGCCUGGGCUCGCCCCACUGCUUCCCCCACCAGAACGGGGAGCGCGUGGAGCGCUACUCCCGCAAGGUCUUCGUUGGCGGUCUCCCCCCUGAUAUUGAUGAAGAUGAGAUAACUGCUAGUUUCCGUCGUUUCGGACACCUCUUUGUGGACUGGCCUCACAAGGCAGAGAGCAAAUCUUACUUUCCCCCGAAAGGUUAUGCCUUCCUGCUGUUCCAGGAGGAGAGCUCUGUGCAGGCCCUGAUUGAGGCCUGUAUUGAAGAGGAUGGCAAGCUCUACCUAUGUGUGUCCAGCCCCACCAUCAAAGACAAGCCGGUCCAGAUCCGCCCCUGGAACCUGAACGACAGUGACUUUGUGAUGGACGGCUCCCAGCCUCUGGACCCCAGGAAGACCAUAUUUGUGGGUGGGGUGCCACGCCCUCUCCGUGCAGUGGAGCUGGCCAUGAUCAUGGACAGGCUGUAUGGAGGGGUGUGCUACGCAGGGAUCGACACAGACCCAGAGCUCAAGUACCCCAAGGGAGCAGGGCGGGUGGCCUUCUCUAAUCAGCAGAGCUACAUUGCUGCUAUCAGCGCUCGUUUUGUCCAACUGCAGCACGGAGAAAUUGAUAAACGGGUGGAAGUGAAGCCAUACGUCCUGGACGACCAGCUGUGUGAUGAGUGUCAGGGAACCCGGUGUGGGGGCAAGUUUGCCCCUUUCUUCUGCGCCAACGUCACCUGUCUCCAGUAUUACUGUGAAUACUGCUGGGCGGCCAUUCACUCGCGCGCCGGCCGUGAGUUCCACAAGCCACUGGUAAAGGAAGGAGGGGACCGGCCUAGGCACAUCUCCUUCCGCUGGAACUGAUUGACACACACACAGAGAGAGAGGCAGAGGGGGGAGUAGGAGUUGCAAAAUCAUUGUACAAAUAAAUGCACUUUUCUGUUGCUGGUUCCUUUUUAGCUCUAAUUUGAAAAUACAUUUUAAUUUUAAAUUCAUAUUUAUUUUAAAGAUGAGAAACUGGAAUUAUAUCCAGAUAUGUCAAGGAAGGAAAAGAACAUGUUUAAAUCCCAUUCUUUACUUUCUCCAGUUGAUUUUAUAUUUUAAUAGUGCAUAUAGACAUUUGAAAAAAAUUGGGCUUUCAAUUGUCACUCUGCUAUCCAAUUUGGCGUGUCAUUGACCAUGAAUUUAAAAGCAGUAUGUUCAGUUUUAAUUUUGAUACAAUAGGUUUCAGAGCAAAUGUAAAUAUAAAAGGUGUUGCUAAGGAAGAGUGCACUUAUUUAUUUACUUUAGAGUGCAGAUGAUACAGUAUAAAAUCCCAGUAGUUUAACCAAAGCUUAAUCUCAAUUGGUUUGAAAAAGAAACAACUACAGAAACGUGGGUUCUUUCCCAGAUCAAAUGUUUGAAAUAAUGUUUUAAGACCAUGCUAAUAUUUGAUGUUACUUGACAAGAUCGACUUCACAAUAGGCGUUUGAGUUUGAUCUCCAUUUUGACAUGCAAAAACUAAUACCUCAAGCUUAGCUGCUAAUGUGCCGAAUAAGGUCUCCCCCUUCCCUAAGGACCACAAUCAAAGGGAAACGGCGUCAGCAAAAAGGCACAGUUUAUAGACACUGUUUUGUCGCUUCCUUAUUUUUGUAAUCCAACCAGGGUUGUAGUAAGAAUGAACAGAGCAUCUUAUUGGGGAAUGUAUGGCGUUGGAGGUCCCAGAGGCCCUGAGCGCUGGCCGGUGUAGAGAUAAUAAGUGACCCCACUCUCUGUGUCUGUGGUCCUGCUAGCUAGGAGAGGAGGAGGGGCUAGGGUCUAGUUCUCAUCAGGGCUGCAUGUGAGCAGAAAGCCCUGUUUUUCAUUUAUUAUUAUUAAUGCAGUGGUGCAAAUCUCCCAAGCCUUUAUCCACAACCCUAUUUUGUUUUUAACCCCCCUCAAAAAAAGAGAAAGAAAUUAGGAAAGUCGGGGUUGUCAUCAACACACAUUUACGGCUAGAGGAGUUGAUAUAACUAUAACAGCCGAGCUAACUCAGCCAGUGUUUUAAGCAUAAAUGAAGAUACUCCAUGCAAUGUGCUCUACUAUGUGCGUCCCACAUGCAGUUAAUUCACUCAAACAAGACUGCAAUAAAGAGUUUAUACCUAGGCGCUUUAGGGAACCAAAGACGGCUGUGCAGUAGUGAGUAAUGCUAGCUCAUUUCUUUUUUUCUCUUUUUUUUUGAGUUUUCAUUCUUGUUUUUCUAUCAUUUCUACCCUUUCCUUACGAAGACCAGAUGGACACCAGUAAACCAAAGAUUGGCCUUGAAUAGAUAACAGUGCAGUCAAAAUCCAGGAAAAUAUUAGUGAAAACAACUGGACUUAUUGAGCUUACAAGCACCCAGGCCUUUUCACCAGUCAAUCCGCUCAUUUCCAAGGGUCAAAAUGGAGAAGCUUCUUGCUAGGCAGUUGUGUAACGUGGAUAGGUCUGCAACAGGUUUGGAAAUGUAAUGCAAAAAGCUAAACAAAGACUCACAGUUGGUCUGGUUAUUAUAGUCAUACAGUAUCUGAAUCUACUAGCGUUAAAUAUGUCAGGGAGUAAGUGCUGAAAUAUAACUUAAUACACUAGUGAAGUACGUAUCCUUGUGUUGGCUUGAUGGUGUGCUACUGCACCAGGUCUGCACCAUGACUUUAGCUUGUGGGUGUGGUGGGUGAACAUUUUAGAAGUUAAAAACCCUUUUUGAAGAAUUUGCUGUUAAUGAGAUAAAAAAAAAAUGAUUAUUUUAUACAUGGCCUGCUGAUUUUUGGUACAGUGUUUUCUAGCUAAAUUAUUUUGUCAUGCACAUAUAAACAUUUAUUAUGCACUACUUUUCUAAAUAUUUUUUUUUCAACAGUCAUUUUAGGCACAUUUUUCACAAAUGGGAAAACUCCUUUUUGCAAUACCUCAAUUUUUCACAUUGUGAAAGGUAGCUUUUGUACUUUUGUUACUGAGAGAUCUGCAUAUAUGGACAUUCUCAUUUAAAGAAAAAAGUUGAGUGAUUUCAAUAUAUAUUAUUUUCAAUUAUGCUUUUUAUACAUUUCAGUGCUGAGGAAUCUUUACAACUAAGUGCACACUUGUGUUGAUGCGACUUCAAAACUGCAGAGGAAUGAUCAAAGUGUAUUGCUUAAGGUAUUAGAUCUCAUACACUAAAUGUUUCACAAAAAUCUGAUCUUAACAGCAUGGUGAGAAAAGGUUGUCAUUUAAAAUUAAUGUUAAUGUUAAAAAAAUGGCUAUCCUAGUUGGAAAACGGUAACUUCUAUUAUUUUGGUUUCCUCUCCAUAGCUGGAAUGUAACAAUUAUAAGGAGAAUGCAAAUUAUGGUUCAUAAUUAGGCUGAAUCUCGUAUCACAAGAAUGGAUGUUUGGUGUUUUAGAUAUUUUAACAUUUGAAAAUGUAUAUUCUUGAACUUGCCAACUAGCUCCUAUUGUAAUCCUUAGCAUGCAUGAUAAAAAAAAAAGAAGAUAAGUACAUGAAUUAGCUAUUGAAAUGAAUUGUUGUAGUUGUGCACCAGAUGUUUCUCAACUUUAAUUUAAGGACACCCCCACACCUCACUCCCCUCCCAUGUUUUCAUCUCUUUGCCUUCCCCAUACUCAGACCUCUGCAGGAUGCACAGAAAAAUAUACAAGAAAAUAAGAUGAAAAAAAACUCUAAAAUAUAUUUUAGCAGUGCAGGACUUGAGCAUCUUAUAGGACACUGUUGAAAAGACUUGAUAACUCUUCUCCACUGUCUGUUGAGGCAAAUAAACCUUGUUGGAGGAAGGGGAACAUUAAGACUUGAAUGUGGUAAAUGUUGCAAGUUAACUUCGAGUUGUUAUGUGCAAUACUUUUUUUGAACUUUUUUCCAGAUAAAGACUCUUUGCAAUGUAAUUCUUUAAUGCCAUUUUUAAUUGCAGACAUUUAAAGAAGAUGUUAAUAUGUUUUUCACAGUCAUUUUCUACUGUUAUUGUAAUCCUUUUCAUGCUGGUGUUUGUAAAAAAGAAAAGAAAAAGAAAUCAAACUAUUUGUACUAAUAUAAAUAAUUGAAGUUAUUUUUUAAAACAUUAAAGGUUUUGUGCUCAUUUGCUUAAUUUGUUUAUUUCAAGCUACUGUGAUUGAUUGCAAUGUAAUUAUUAGGUCAAUAAUGUAUUUAGCUGUUUAUUGGUAUAUUUUUAAUUGGAAUGUAUAAUUUUUUAUAAUUUUGAUCAGAUUUUUUGUUAUAUUUUUGAGGUGAAGCUUUUAAUAUGUUAGUGUCUAGUUUUUACUAAUUGCUAUAUUGUGCUCCACAAUAUAUGGUUCACAUUUUCUGAAGGAAAAUAAAUAUUUAAAUAUUGGUCUGUUGAUGAUGUUAUACUUAAUGGCAAAAUUUCGAUAGUUUUUAACUGUAUGGGAAGGUUGUUGUAUUUAUUAAUAUUUUUUGUUUUUUACUUAAGAGAUCACCUUAAUUUUUAUUGUCAUUUCACUUUAUAAGUUCCUAUUUUUGUAUUUUCCUUUCUAAUUAAGUUAUGUAAUACAAAAUGUCCAUAUUUCUAGGAGUUGGUCUGUAGAAGUGCUAGUGAAAUGAAAAAGAAAAAUCUAAUGUUAUUUAAUUGUUUGCAGCCAACUAUUUAUAACAGUAUGCAUAACUUUUAAAUAUUUGUAAUGUGAAAUGUUGAAUGAAUAAAACUUAACUGUGACGAUAAGGCC